GCCCCGCAAUACCAGGUCCAAAGAUCACAUGCUAUGUUCGGAGACCCUGUUAAAGAACAUACUGGAUUCGCUACCAUCGCUAUCCUCAAUCUCUGUGCAAAGCGUUGAAAUCCGGGCUAGCUCACAUUGGCAGUUUGCGAAUCUCCUCCCUCUUCGCAGUCUCUCCAGCCUUACAUUUGUCGAUUUUUGGUCACCGGCACAGAUCAUGUUCUUUGGUCGUAUCAACGAUAUUCAAACAUUUACUCUUAUUGAUGUAAAUGUUACGCAGCGUCCCACGCUGGACACUUUGGUUCAUUCAAAUAUCCGCGUAUGCAAUUUGAUUAUCAAGGAAACUGAGACACUCUACUCUCUGCAUGAAUGCCUCGAAUUCAAUCUCGACCUGGGAGCACUUCAAAACUAUUUCAUUACGUUCUCCGAUCCUUGGGAUACCGUCCAUAUUGCCACCUUUUUUGAGAACUCCGAUUUCAGUGGAUUGACUUCAGUUCAUCUGGACUUGCUCCCGGGUAAUAUGUACCAUGGAGACUUUGUUGAUUGGGGCGGAUUUCCUUCUGCAAAACUGCUACGGACGCUUCGCACCGUUCAUUUCACCCUUCACUUUGACUAUCAUGACCAUAUCUCCUGGAAAGAACCAAGCGUCAUCGUUUCUUCACUUCCAUCCAAGGCGGUUACCGAUCUGUCUAUCGUGGUUGGCGGUGCCUGGCAGGUCAUGGAAAUGGACCUGGAGUCACUAGACUACGAGCUGGAGAAUUUCUCCGCGCUUAGAAGAGUUGACAUAUUGACGAGAGCGUUAGGAGAAUCGUUCCAGAAGGUGGUGGACCAUGUCAAAGGAAGCAUGGGAAGGCUGCAGUCAAAAGGUCUACUAUCGGUUCAGCGGUUUGAAGAUGAUCCAUAUGCUUCACAUGCAUGAAAUAUUUACGUAUUCAUUUCGUCGCAGAAUGUAAAACUUAUAAUGCAUUAUGACAGCAUGCUUAAGUACUUGUACUAUGAUGAUAUGAUCGAGUCUUCGUUCCAGCCGAUAUAGGACUUCUCUCUGCAUGUCCAAUACGAACUCAUUCGACGAAAUGGUACGUCUCUUGACCUCUCAGACCAAAGGUACCUAUACAGGUCAUGUUUGUCCUCAGGUUUCUGAAGCCCUCACUAAGAGCAAAAACGCAAGUCGAGGCUAGGCUCCGAACCCUUCCUCGAGGCUAAGAUAUACUCUUCAACUUGUUCCCAUAAACUGAUAUCCAUGCU